AUGUCAACCGCAACCCCAACACCAAAAUUCAACUCCAAAUCCCCCACCAUCCGCCGCAUCCUCCGCGAAGCCCACGAACUGACCACCACCCCCUCCGCCGACUACCACGCGGAACCCCUCGAAACGGACCUCUUCGAAUGGCACUUCACACUUCGCGGGCCGCCUAGCUCCCCCUUCGAGCAGGGCAUCUACCACGGGCGGAUCGUGCUGCCGCCGAGCUACCCGCUGCGGCCGCCCUCCUUCCGCUUCCUGACCCCCUCGGGGCGCUUCGAGACCAACCGGGAGAUCUGCCUCAGCAUCUCGGGCCACCACGAGGAGACGUGGCAGCCGGCGUGGGGGAUCCGCACGGCGCUGGUGGCGCUGCGGACGUUUAUGGAGACGGAUGUCAAGGGCCAGUUGGGGGGGAUGGAGGCUGCGGAGGGGGUGAGGAGGAGGAUGGCGGGGGAGAGUACCGCGUGGCGGUGUGGGGUUUGUGGGGGCGGGAAGAGUAAUGGGGAGAUUUUGGGGGAGUGUGAGGAGAGGGUGAAGGAGUUGGGGGGGGAUGCGGGGAAGGCGGAGGAGGUGGUUGUGCCGGAGGAGUUGAAGAUGGGGUGGCGGGAUGAGAUGGAGGCGAAGGGGGGGAAGGGGAAGGGGGAAGACGAGAAGGGGGGUGGGGAUGGGGAGAGUGAGAGUGCUGCGCUGGCGGAGGGGUUUGUGCAGACUACGCCUAUGCUGUCGGCGUCGGCGUCGUCGGGGAGUGCGCAGCAGCUGCAACAGCGGGCGGUAGGGGGAGGGAGCGCGGCGCCGCAGCCGACAAGGACGGUACCAUCGCCGAGCCCGCUUCCCGUGGCGGCUGGUCCGCCGUUGCAGCAGAUCCAACGAAGGGCGGCGGACGAAGACGCAGUGUGGCUGGACCGGCUGAUUGUCGCCGUCGCUCUCUUGCUGGGUGCCGUGAUUGCCAAGGUCAUGUUUGCGUGA